AUGUUCAGAUUAUUACUCCUUGAUCGUGGGGUUAAUUUUGUGGCAAUUGCUACUAUGGAACCGGAACUGGAACCGACAACGACAAAGGUUGAUGAAAGUAGCCCCCUUUUGAAAUAUGCCACUAAAGUUGAAAAGACCGGGAAGGGAGGUGGAAGCACACAGGUUCUUUGUCUUGUUUGUGGUUCUACUUAUCAAGGAACAUACACCAGAGUUAAGGCUCAUUUGCUUGAAAUUAAGGGAAAAGGAGUUGGACCAUGUCAGGAUGUUGGUGUAGUUCUCAUGCGAGAGUUGAAGAUGUUAGAUGAAGAAGCUGAAAAAAGGAAAGGAAGAAAAGAACUUAACAAGGUUCCCUUACCAACUGAGAGUACUGACCCUUCAUUAAAGAAAAGGAAGGAGAAUCCAAUUUCUAGUUUGUAUAAUGUUUCUGAAAGAAGCAUUUUAGAUGCAGAGAUUUCUAGAAUGUUUUUUACUGGCGGGUUGCCUUUCAACUUAGCAAGAAACCCGCACUACUUAAGUUCUUUCAAAUAUGCUGCUAAUCACAAUCUGACUGGUUAUGUUCCUCCAAGCUACAAUAGGCUGAGAACUGUUUUACUUCAGCAAGAGGUAGAUAAUAUAAAGAUACUCUUACAACCCAUCAAAGCUACAUGGAGGGAGAAAGGGGUGACUAUUGUGUCUGGUGGUUGGAGUGAUCCACAAAGAAUGCCCUUAAUUAAUUUCAUGGCUACUUCCGGAAGUGGUCCCAUAUUUAUUAAAGCAGUGAAUUGUUUUGGUGAAUAUAAGGACAACUAUUUUAUUGCUGAUCUAUUGAGAAAGGUAAUUGAUGAAGUUGGUCCUAUGAAUGUUGUUCAAGUAAUAACAGAUAAUGCUGCGAAUUGUAAAGUUGCUGGAGAAAUCAUUGAAAGCAGUUAUCCAUGGAUCUACUGGACUCCUUGUGUUGUUCACACUCUAAACCUUGCUUUAAAAAACAUUUGUGCUGCUAGAAAUUUGGAUAAUCAAAAAACAUAUGAUGAAUGUCACUGGAUCACUAAAGUUCAUGAUGAUGCAGUUCAAGUGAAAAACUUUAUUAUGACUCACAACAUGGGAUUGGCCAUGUUCAACAAAUUUUGCUCUUUGAAGUUGCUUGCAAUUGCUGAAACUCGCUUUGCUUCAGUGGUUGUUAUGCUUAGAAGAUUUAAGCUUCUUCGGCGCUCUCUUGAAACAAUGGUUGUAAGUGAAGAAUGGGAGACUUAUAGGGAGGAUGAUCAAGCCAAGGCCAGAUAUGUGAAAGAAAAAGUGACAAGUGAUGAGUGGUGGGACAAAGUGGAUUACAUUCUUGCCUUCACUGGACCCAUGUAUGACAUGAUUAGGCUUUGUGAUACUGACAAGACAACUCUACAUUUAGUAUAUGAGAUUUGGGAUACUAUGAUUGAAAAGGAAUCAACAUUUUCUUACAAGUCUGGAGCAUACACAGGUGGAGAAAACUUCUAUUGCAGAAGCAACAUGGAUCCUUUAAUGUGGUGGGCUAGCUUUGGUGCAGCCACUCCGAUGCUACAAGCAUUGGCUUUAAGAGUUCUUGGACAACCUACUUUUUCAUCAUGCUGUCAACGCAAUUGGAGCAUAUAUAAUUUUAUCCAUUCACUAAGGAGAAAUAGGUUGACUCCACAACGAGCUGAAGAGUUGGUUCGUGUUCACAACAAUCUCCGCCUUUUAUCAAGAAAAACAGAUGAGUACAAAGAUGAGAAAACAAAAAUGUGGGAUGUAGGUGGUUAUCAAUUUGAUAACAUGGAAGAGGGAGGAUCCCUAGAGUUUGCUGAGAUUUCUCUUGACGAACCAGAACUUGAAGCCUACUUCUGCUCAAAUGAAAUUACUAGGAACAAUCAAAAGUUAAGUCUUUGUUUUUCUCAAAUGAUAUAA